UUCAACCUUCCAGUAUCCAAAAUGGAAGAAAUCCUACAGAGAGUUCUCUCCAUCCUCAGCCAGGAGAACAACCUAGACAUAUACCCGGGAACCCUCACAGAGCUUGGUGCCGCGCUCCAGCGCACAGUCAUAGACGAGGAGUUCCGGAUUACUGAGAGCGCCCUGGAAGUGGUUUGGAACACAUUGGUGCAAAUUCUCCAACUCGGUAUCGUGGACGGAGCCUGCGACGACGAAACAGAGUUUAGACUCAGAAUCCUUCGCGGCGCCGUGCUUAUGGCGCGGAACUUGGCGGUGAACAACCAGAGCAUUCCCGCGGAAAUAGGCAUUCACGGGCAUGCGUUUUGUCUAGCCAGAAUGGCGGCAGAAACUAACGAGGAGACCCGCACGGCUUCACCACACGCCUCUCUCUACCACAACCUCUACAUUGCUCUCUGGCAGCUCCUCGCCAACCUCUCUGCUGGCAUUGGUGUAUCCUUUCGCGACUGGCUCGCGCCGCUUAGCUCCCUUCCCCUCACCACCGAAGAUGUCCGGUUCCCGGCCUUCCGCAUCCUCGACAACAUGUUUGCCUCGGCAGAGGUCCUCUCGGAUGCACUCAAUCAGCAACAGCAGCUUGUAUCGUACUUGCUCGUAGAAAUGGUGGGGUUCGAUACGGACCAUGAGCUCCCGCCGUCGGGGCUUGCGCUCGUGACACUCCUCACCAAGAUAGUCUCGCACGAAGGAUUCGGCGAGUUCCUUAGUAGUGUCGGAGGCGACAAAACGCUUUUGUGCUUACAGCUGGUACAAUUGGUGGUAACGAGCCAAAAGGCAGACUACUGGGACAACUACGAGGUGACGGCAAUGCUUGUAUGGAUCUGGGAGCGUGCAGCGGAGCUCAGCGCGCGUGCGUGCGACAUUCUUCCGCGACAGCUCCAUGAGCCAGCAGAGUUGGCGAGCGUGCACGCGCAACUUUUGAUCUUAUUGGACCUCCUCUCAGAUCUCGCCAAGUACGAGGAGGCGCGAAGCUUCCUUACACAUUACAACGCGGUGGAAACUUUAGUCGGCUUGCUUGGGAACGUCCAUGCGCAUACGGAACGUGUUACGAUCAAGGACCGUGGUACGAGAAUCGAGGACGCAACCAAGAAGUAUUUCCCGCACAUCAAGUCUCUCGUGGUAGAGAUCUUGGCUUUUCUCACGUUUGAGAAUUUCGAGGUGCAGGAGCAAAUUCGAAAUUUCCACGGGCUCCAGCUCGCGUUGGCGUGUUGCAAUAUUGAUGACAACGACCCGUACAUCAAGGAGCGUCUGAUCAUCCUCUUGCGGUAUUUGUUGGCGAAUAACCCAAAGAAUCAAGAGUAUGUGGCGCUGUUGGAGGCCCGUGAGGCAGUGAAUGAUGAAGUCUUGGAGGAGGCAGGGUUUGAGGUGGACAUUCUGGAGGGCCGAGUCAAGUUGAAGCAGACGAACAGGGAGGAAAUUAUGAAAUUGACAAAAAAGGGGGUCAGCGAAGUGACUUCGAGGGGAUUAGAGGGGGAGAAUUGAGGCUGUAUGAAAUGGUGGCUCGGGAAAGAGUGCUUGGAACUUGUGCGUGCAUGUCGAAUAUAAUUAAUUAAUAUUGGUAAAAACAAAGGUUUGGAUUUCCCGGUUUGCUGUAGUUUGAGGCUGUCAGCUAGUAAAGGGCAAGACUUUCAUUCAAAAUGGAUUAUGCCUGAAAGGGUUUCCAUAAAUACUGACUAUUCUGAUUCUCG